AUGGGAGAGGGACGUUACUACGCUUCGAUCGACGUUGCGGCCUCCAACAACUCUGGCCCAACCGAACCGAUCCCACAACCGACCAGCCAAUUCAGACGGAGCAUUUCCAUCUUCAGUAGGAGAGGUACCGAGACACCUGAGCCUACUCCUCCAUUCAUAGCCCAGGCAGCAAUGCCUCGUCCAAUGACCGAAAGACAGAAGAGCUGGAUUGGUAGGAGGAAGAGUGUCUGCAGUCAGAGUCCAAAGUCGCCAAAGGCCGCAAGUCCAAGGACUCCCAAGACACCAAAGGCCACCAUUCUCAAUGCGGUGCCUCCAGCAAAGACGAUCCAAAUGACAGCUUUGGAGGAGGAGAUGGCUACAAGCCCAAACGAGGAGAUCCUCUCGGCGAUAGCGAUCAACGAGCGAGAGUUGACGUUGAACGCAUUGAAUCGGGGCGACUCUUCACCAUUGUCCCCCAUUCAGCAGGAUAUGUUGAGGAGCAAGAGCACGACGUCUUUGGCAACGCAAAGGACCAAGUCUCAGAAGAGGAAGGACUCCCAGAGCAGAAUUGGCGUCUGGAUAAAUGGCGUGGUGCAUUGGGAUGAUACCGUUCUUGGCCAAGGUGAAAAGCAAGAGGAGAAGAUCGAGGAGACUGGCUUCACACCAAUUCGACCAGUCUCUGCUGGCACGCAACUCGGACAACAACUUGCUGCUCGGAAGCCACAUCUAUCUGUGGUUAUCCCGGCUGGUGAGCCGCUGAUUAACGACCGCACGUUGUCUACGAUUGUUCAGCCGAAGCCGCGUCGACCUGUCUCGGUGGCUCCAGCGAGCAUCGUUACCAAGUUCCCUCGUCAACCACCUGCGAUUGUUCUGGAGGAGCCAAAGGACGUCUCUCCGUUGGAGCAGGAUUCGGGUCUAGUGAUUAGCCCGCCUGAUAGGCCUCAUGCCCCAGUGCAUUCAGAAAGCGGCCGAUCGCACGCUUCAAGGUCCUCGACUUCAGGCAGUUCUGUAACCACUGAUCUCUCUGCAUCUAGUCGACGAAGCUCGGCAACCAGCGUGGAAGCACUUUGUGCGUCGACACAGCCGAACAAGGACAAGGCACCCCCACCUCUACCAGUCAUGCCCGAACGUGAGGCGCCUUCUCCCUUCUCCAGGAACGAGCGAAUCUCCAAGACUGUCAGGCUGCCAUCACACGCGGACAUGCUGCAACAGGAGAGCCAGAUGCGACACAGCCGAUCGAUGAGCGAGCUGGAUCGUGCUGAUCGAGCUUUCAUUCGCAGUUCACCAUACACCUUUUUAAAUGUGCACGAACCGACGAGCCCAACUUUGAGCCAGGCCGAGAAAGACCUCGAGGACUCGCUUGAGUCGAUUCAACCGCCUGAGCAUGAACAGAAUGAGGCAGUCGACCUCCCAUCUAGGAGCGGCUCCUUGCUGCAGCGCAGCGACAGUGUGCGAGACGUCAUGCAGCCGCCAGUGCGUGCCCCGACGAUUCCAAAGCGAUCCAGGAAGAGGGACUGGAGAAUGACUAGAGGCACUAAGAGCCUUAGUGCUGUUCCAGCUCCUCAAAUGCCUACCAGGAGACGGUCUGAGUCGCAGAUGAAGCCACUGGACCAGCCAACGAAGGGACCUACCCUGCGGAAGAGUGCUAGCAUCUCCCAUUCCAACCAUAACUCGGCCGACUUGACCUCAAUUACAGAACGACCGAGCCCGUCUGACGCAGAGAAAUCUGCUGACACUCCAAUUGUUCCAACCAUUGUGGUCGACCAGGCAUCAGAGUCAGUCCUACAAAAGCCAACCACGAUCAUGGAGGCGGACGAAACAGCGACCGCUAUGGUUCCCUCAGAGUCAGCUGAGAACGUCCUUUUGCACAUCCUCGCGUCUCUCAAAUCGAUCGGUGAUCUCUUCAACACCGCCGUCAUCAACAAGGGAAUGUACCGCGUGUUCAAGGAGAAUGAGAUGGAUCUGAUCCGGACGGUGGCGUUCAACGAGUCCCCAGCGGCGUGGGAACUUCGAGAGUGGAGCCCACCUGACCGCAACGAAGUCGACUCUGGCAAGGCAUCAUCCCAGCUGGAGCACACGCCAAUGUCGUACAUGCGGUGCUUCCGACGAGAUCAAGCUGUGGUGGAGCGAUUGAAAGGGCUGAUUCUGCAGAAGUGUCAGACCUUCAUCCGUAGAGAGACUACCUUCGCACUCUCAACGCCCACUCACCCAAAUGCUGCGAGAUUCAACGAUGCCUUUUGGCGGAUUUGGUGUUUCUGCAAGAUUUUUGGAUGCGACAAAGGCCGUGAAGAUGACAUUACAGGCCAGCUCGACUGGCUGAAGGGAGGACUCCUAGCGAACAACCAAGGCUGUGUGGCCACCGUCAACACGAAUCUGGAUUUCGAUAUGAGCAGCGUGCUUCUGAAUCCACCAGAUUACUUUGCGAAGGCCAACGAGCGCGGACUUUAUGCUACUCAGCUGUUUGACAUGACCGAGAUCUGGACUUGCUUGACUGUCCUCUUGCAAGGUUACCAGGGCCGAGUGGACCAAGCCAGACGACAUGGCGUCUUUGAUGGGACUGGUGUGGUCGAAGGUGAUGUCGAGCAGGAAGAGCAGAUGUUGGAGGAAUGGACUGCUUACUUGAUGACGCUGGGUCCGAGUGUCGUGCUGGAGAUGGCCGAGUACGCAAGCGACACUAGCGACGCAGGCUUCGCUUUGGCUGAGGCUUACGGUUGGACAAAAUGGACGCCACCCGUGUAUAACGGCAGCCGCACCAGUUUCCUCAAGGAGCCCGUUGCGAAGAGUUACGAAGAGCAAGUUUUGCUCGCGAAGCUAAGACUUCAGGACCCCUUAGAGCAGGAGAAGAAGGAGAAGAGCCGCCAGCGAGUUGCGACUCUGGCUGCCGAGAUCCGCCUGCGUCGACAGAGCAGCGAGUACAAGCGCCUGCCUCUGAUCGAUAUGAACACCGAGCGACCGAUGAGCAUGGUGUCUCGCACUGGUAGCUCGCGAUCACGACGAAGCGUCGUCUCAAGGAGCACCACCACGAGCCGAAGACCAUCUACCCAACAACCAACACCAAUGCGCCACGGCUCAACACUCUCCCCAACAUCGCCAUCCACUCUCUGGGCAGCACCACGCGCCAUAAGCCCAAUCAUCGAAGAACGGGUUGAUGGUUUCAACCGCAUGACUCUCCGAAACCUCGGUGGAGUCGCAGAAGACACCAGCGACAUGGCGGUCGCAAAGAUUGUCUCAAUGGGCUUCAGUGCCGCCGAAGCGAGCAAGGCGCUGCAAAUGACGGAUAUGGGCGAUGGGAUUAGAUUGGACCGGGCGGUGGAGUUGUUGCUGAGACAGCAGUGA